CACAAGCAAACAAAAGAAGAGUCAGUGUGGAGAUGGGUGGGGAGAAGGCGCUGGUUCUUCCUGUAACAUCACUGUUUUCCAAUCAGACAGUGGAGUUUACUGGUGUGAGUCCAGAGAGGGUCCCAUCAGUAACAUGGUUAACCUGACAGUCACUGGUGGAUCAGUGAUCCUGCAGAGUCCUGUCCUCCCUGUGAUGGAGGGAGAUGACGUCACUCUGCUCUGUAAAACAAAGACCACUCCCUCCAACCUCCCAGCUGCUUUCUAUAAAGAUGGCUCCCUCAUCAGGAAGCAGCCUACAGGUCACAUGACCAUCCAGCAUGUUUCCAGGUCUGAUGAAGGCCUCUACAAGUGUGACAUCAGCGGUCAUGGAGAGUCUCCAUCCAGCUGGAUCACUGUCACAGGGGAACACACCACCACACCUCCACCUACAUCCACACCUCCACCUACAUCCACACCUCCACCUCCAUCCAUACAUCCACCUGGCUCCAUCGCUAGCCCUGGUUCCCCUCUCAUACCUGUGUUCUCAUGUGUUGGAUCAGUUUGUGUUGUGGAUCUACUGGUGUUACUGGUUCUGCUGGUGAAACGAUGUGUUCACAGAAAACCUGAAGAAGAAACUGAAGAUGACAUCAUCACUUAUGUCAAGUACAACAUCAAGACAUCCAGUCAUCAACAACAACCAAUCAGACAAAGCAGAGAUCAAGAGGAAACUGGAGAAGAUGACAUCCUCACUCAUGUCAAGUACAACAUCAAAACAUCCAGUCAUCAACAACAACCAGACAGACGAAGCAGAGUUUUGACAGUGUAUCCUGACAUUGUCAUCUUGGAAGAUGUACCAUUAGAGAUUGAUCCAGUUGCAGUGAGAACUGAAGACACGUUGAGCAACGAGGUCCAGAAAAAAAGGUUUCAUGUAAAGUUGACUGGUUUCUUUAAAAGAGAGAUGGACAGGAGAAUGUAAGGUUGGUUACACGCUCACCUAUCAUAGGCCCAACAGCCUUGUUGACCAAGUCCAUCCCUUUAUGACCACAGUGGACCCGUCUUCUAAUGGUUCCUGUGCACCACUGCUCACUGAAGCCAGAGCACAGUUUAUGUGUCUGCAGACUCACCACUGAUCAGUACAACUGUGCAGAAAUGUUUUGUCAGGCUUUUCUUUUAAAUGUCAUUAAGUUGAUAGCAAUGAGGUGAUGUAAAACAUAGGUGUACAUGGUAUUCACUUAAAAGUGAGAGGAGACCGAGUGUUCUCUAUUGUGGCUCCUAAGCUUUGGAAUAAUCUUCCUCUUCACAUUAGGCAAUCGACAUCAGUGAUGGUUUUUAAAUCCAGAUUGAAAAUGCAUUUUUAUUCACUGGCUUUUGACUCAGUGGUUGACUGACUUGUAUUUACUUAUACUUUAUUGUUUUCUCGCUAUGUUUAUUAUUUUAUCGUAUUUAUUAUUC